AUGAAGCAUCUUAGCCACCUCUCCUCCGAUAACCCGGCGCAAGACGUCUCGCAAGCCCGCAGCGAUGGAAAGCUGCAUCUCUUGCUGGCUGCAUCCGGAUCCGUAGCGACCAUCAAGAUCCCCAACAUCAUCCAGGGCCUCUCACGGCAUCCCAACCUGUCCAUCCGGCUCGUGCUCACCAGCUCAGCCGCCCAGUUCCUACAAGGCCAAGCGGCUGAGCAGCCAAGUCUCGAGGACAUUCGCAGCUAUCCAAACGUCGAUGCGAUAUACACGGAUGAGUCCGAAUGGGUCCAGCCGUGGACUCGGGGCGCUCCCAUCCUGCAUAUUGAGCUCAGAAAAUGCAAGUCGACUUCUUCAGUCAUCGCACCGCUCAGUGCAAAUACUCUUGCCAAGAUGGUCCACGGCAUGACCGAUUCUCUCCUGUCCUCCAUCAUCCUCGCCUGGGACACCGACGGCGGCGUAGACGGCAAGAAGAAGAAGAUUCUCGUCGCCACAGCCAUGAACACGGCCAUGUUCCGCAAUCCCGUCACGCAGCGCAAUCUGCAGCUUCUCAACGAAAUCAUGGGCGGCCCAGGCGGAUGGGUCGAGGAGCUGCAGGCGAUUUCCAAGGGGUUAGCCUGCGGUGACGUCGGUCAGGGCGCGAUGGCAACUUGGCAGACAAUCGUGGCCGCGAUUGAGGAGAAGCUGGGACUCACUGCUGGGGAGAGCAAAGACGCAGAGUGA